AUGCCUAAUUUUGAUGCCAGUCAGUACUUAGGUAAGUGGUACGAGCAUGAACGAUUCUUCUCCAUCGCGGAGUAUGACGAGGAUUGUGUGUCCGCCAACUACAGCCUCAAGGCCGAUGGCAAGGUCAAGGUCGUGAACCAAGGCGUAAUUAUUGGCACCAGCCAGGUGGAUGAAGCUGUAGGAGAAGCCUAUGCCCCGGAUCCUAAUUUCCCUGCCAAAUUGUUGGUUAUCUUCGGAGGUCCGCCGUCAAACUAUUGGGUGCUGGACACAGACUACAAGACGUACACAGUAGUGUGGAGUUGUCGGGACACGAAAACGAGGCAAGCCCACACUGGUCAGUAUUGUCACUAG